AUGUUUUGGGAAUGUCAUAUUGUUGCAUCAUCAAUUGAUAAACUACUUGAUCAACCAUCUGAAUCUUUGAAACUACAAGAUUUUCUGGAUGAAAACGAUUUAAUUCAAGAAUGUCUAACACAAAAUAAACGCUUAAUCGAUUAUCUUGUUCAAGAAGAUGUGAUGAAGGAAUUAAUUGAUCAUUUAAUCCAAUGUCCAACCGAUGGAAACUUUCGUAAUGCACAUGUCGUUAGUGAAUUAUUGUCGGGUGAUUUUCAACGUAUUCAAGAUGCUUUGCUUGAUAAAAAACAUUUUGAUCACUUGUAUUCGUUUCUACUUUCGAAUGAUGGAUCUUCGUUGAAUCCAAUUCUAGCUUCGUAUUUUUCACGAAUUUUAAUGACGUUGACCAUCCGAAGAUCGAACCAGUUGCUCGACUAUUUCAAAACUCGUCAAUCCUUUCGAGAGGAUUUCUUAAGACAUUUAGAUUCUACGUCCAUUACCGAUGUAUUGUAUCGCUUCAUCGCUGAUAUUGGCGACCAACAAUCCGAAGCUAUCAAAUGGUAUGAAGAUAUCAAUUUAGUCGAUGGUCUUAUUCAACAGUUGAUCCAAACCGAUUCUUCCUAUGUCCAAAUGAACAUUGUUAAUCUACUUAGCGAAUUUUUACGUUUAGCGUUCGAUUCGCACAGCGGAAUGGAAAAUGAUAAUCAAGGAAAUGUAAGUGCAACACUAUCGUCGACCACAGCAGAUCGGCUAUUCGAUGGUAAAAACGAAAACGACGAAGGAAACGAAUCAGAGAAUCGAUCAACAAAUGCGGAAAGAAACGAAACACUCACACCGUUAAGACUUGCUCAACAUAUUCUAUCUAAAUCGAACUUAGAACAACUACUAGAUUCACUUCCGAAGAAGUCGUCCCUUGUAUCGAGCGGAUGCGACUUUCUAACGACUGUUCUCGAUUUACUCGGCCGGUAUUUACCUGCACCAUCAUGUAUUUCGAUAUCUUUGCAAGAACAAACGGAUCUAAAAGAUGAAAAUGAACGAAUGCAGGUCAACGACGAAGGAGAUACUUCGCCCAUGACAAAAUUCUAUGGGAAAUUAGAUCCGAAUGUUCUCAAAUGUCCAACGAAUUCCACAAAAGAUCCUUUAAUUCAAAUAUAUCUCGUCUUACUCGAUGUGCUACCUUCACGUUUACCGCCAUUGAUAGCGCUACUUUCCAAUCCUUGUGCGCCAUUAGUACCACCAUCAUCAUCGUCAUCACCAUCUCAUGAUAGUUCACAAACAGUUAAAUAUCAAUUUAUUAGCGAACCACUAGGAUCAAUGCGACUGAAUUUGAUAAAGUUUUUCUCCAGAUUAAUGCAUACGAUAUCGAAUGACUAUACCGGUGAUCAUAUCUACCAGACAUUAAAUUCCAAUAACUUGUUAAAUCGUCUCAAUGAUCUUUUUCAUAAUCAUAUUUAUAAUAAUUUCCUCCAUACGCAAGUCUAUCUAAUUGUUCGUCUUCUUUUUCAAAUCAGCUCACAGGCAGUGAAGGAAUCGAACGAUAUUUGGACACGUACACCAUUGCGAAACGAAAGUCAAUCCUCCAAAACAGAGCUUCCUGAUCUGUCUUCAUUAAUUUAUACUAAUCGUUAUUCUUAUAAAUUAUUUCAAUCGCUGUUAAGUCCAUCCGAGGUCAAUCUGAUCGAACGUUUACUUGAUCAGUAUGAGUUAAACGUUGCUUCGAGCAAGUCGAUAUUGACUAGUACAUCGUCCGACGAUGCCAUAUCAUCCUCGUUGCUGCAUACUCGUUUUGUCUCACCAAAUUCAGGUCAUAUUGCUCAGAUACUUCGCUGUUUGCGUGAAUAUGCAUCUACAUUUAAUAAUUAUUCAUCAUUUUUCAAAACUGAUGAUCAACAGCAAAUCGAUGAGAAUACGAACAUGCUGGAAAUACGUUGGCAAACAGCUUUAGAUUAUUUGAAUGAAGAUGAAAAGAAAUGGUCGGCUAUGCACCCCAGUGAACACGAUGCUCCAAGUAAUUUUCGUAUGAAUUCAGCUGCAAAUAUUUUGACACAUAUCAAGAAUGCAAUCAAUAUGAAUGAGAGUAGUGAAUCAAAUCUACGGCGACAUGUUUUCCAUAUGAGAUCGUUUGGUAGUAGUGGAGCACCGUAUGUUGAUGAUGAUGAUGAUGAAGAAGAUGAUGUGGAGCGAUUCGAUAUUGACGAUGAAGCUAUGAAUAAUGAGCAAGUAUCAACUGAACGAAAAGUAGCUGAUAUGAAAAAAAUAUCGUUUGAUUCACAAUUUCCACCCGUCUUUGACGAACAAUCACUUUGGCAUCAACAAGAUAAUGAAGAUAUGACAAGUGCACACGAUGAUAAUGAACAUUACAGUCGUAAGGCUGCAACAUCGGCACCUACUUUACCAAAUUUAUCUGAGAAUUAUCGAACGCAACAAAACACAUCAGGCUCCUCAACUGAAUCGAAUUUCGAGCAGCUCUGUUCUUUGCGAGCUAAUGAUCAUGGCAGUGGACCUGUUAUGUUUCCAUUUCAAUCAUCAUCGUCAACAGCCAAAACUAUUCGAGAUGAAGCUGAAGAAGGAGAUGAUGAAUUUUAA